AAAUAGUGUAUAAAUAUAAAUGCAAGUAAGACAUUUUUCAAACAAAAAUAUUCGAACAAAGUUCAAUAUAUCAGUAUACGUUAAAGGGAGUAAAUUAAUAUAUUUUUUAAAGUUUAUGGUAGUUUUAUUGUCACUGCAACUCAGAAGCCUUAUUUUAUGGCAAACGUAAAUCUUAAAUAUGAAAAUUCUUCGAGCGACGAAAAUAAAUCUGAUAUCGACGAUGAAGAUAGAGCAAAUUCUAGCAAAUUUUUAAACGAAGAAUGCAUUAGCAUUAAUGAACUACAUAAAAAAAUCAUAGCUCAAGCUGAGUUGUACUUUAGUAAUGAAAAUUUGUUAAAAGAUAAAUUUUUAUUGAAGCACAUAAAACGGAAUAAGGAAGGUUAUGUAAAUAUUAAGCUAAUAGCUUCCUUCAACCGUAUGCGAUCUUUAACAAAAGAUUUUAAUAUAAUUGUUGACGCUCUUAGAACUUCGUCAAGACUUGCAGUAGACGAAAAUGGACUAAAGUUAAAAAGGCUUGAACCUUUACCUAAAGAGCUUUUAGAGCAAGCACAUGUACAAUAUCUGGUAUUAAGUGAUAUACCAUCUGAAAAUCCUUCAGUUGAUUUCAUCAAAAAUGCCUUCAUUUUAAUGAAAAAUGAUAUUUUAUCAGUUAAAAUUAUAAAACCUUGCAAGAGUUUUCCCAAUGAUUUACAAUCACAUUACUCAAAACAUCCAGAACUAAAAGAAAAGUUAGUUGCUUUAGUUGAAUUUAAAAAUACAGAUUCUGCGAAGGAAGCAUCAAAAACUCAGUUUACUGAAGCUUAUUCAGGUUUGAAAGUGUCUUUUCUUGAACUAGGACCAAAACAAUUAAGAAAUAUUGCAAGCGGUGAGACCCACUCAGAUGCUGAUUCAGAUAAAAGUUGCGGAAAAAAGAAGAAGAUGAAAAAGAAAAAAAAUAAUGUUAAGCAUUUAUCACCUAGAGAGGAUAGCUAUAGUAGUUGUGCAAGUUCUUCUGAUAAUGAAUUUUGCUCUUUUACCAAUUGUAGUAAGAGAUACUCUCGCUCCAAAAAACAUCCUACAGACAAUAUUUCUCAGCAUUAUAAAAAUGAAAGAUACAAUUCUUCACAAAAUUCUUCACCUUUAUCAAGCCCUUCAGUAAGUCCUGUUUAUCAUCGUAAAAACAAAUCUGGUUACCAAUCUCCUAAAGAAUACAAGUUAUCACCAUUAAUAAGUAAUUUAAGUCCAUUAUCCAGUCCAGAUAUAAAUCGCAGAGAAAUUCCCAAGUUUCAAGAGUCGUAUGAAAAUUUACAUAGUGCAUGGAUGUUAAAAAGAAUGGAGUUAAAUAAGACUAAUUAUGUUGAAUCUGGAUCAACAAAUGUCAAUAGCGUAUGCAAGCAACUAGAGAUAAUUAGGCAACCAAAAGGUCCAGAUGGAUCAAACGGUUUCAAUUCACUCCCUUUAAUUAAAUACGUUCUGAUCCACCCAAUUUAGCAUUUAACAUUUAAAAAUUUUUCCUAUAGUUUUUAUUGAAUUAGUAAAGGAUUCAAAUUUAAAAAAACAUUUUUGUUAAUUUCUAAACGUUUUUUGCACUGAAAAAGACAAAAAAAAAAUAUUUAUUAACUGUAAAUAUAUGUUAUGGUCUAAGCUAUAUUUGCAUUACACAUACACUAUAAUAACACUAAAUGUUUAUUAAAGUUUUGUUUUUUUAAACUAUUUAUAUUGGUUUUAAAUUUAAAUUUUGGAAUUUAACACAAUAUAUACACUUUUGUUUUUUAAAAUGUUUGUAAAACGGAAUAUUGUUUUAUGUUCUAUUAAAAAUAUA